GGUGCUUGAGGAGUGAUUGGGGCUCGCACACAGCAACUCACAGAGAGACGCGAGAGGGGCCAUGGACGGCCUUGAGGUGUUUCAGAGUCCCGGCAAGGGUCGAGGGUUGAGAUCGACACGGGAUCUCGGCACGGGGGAAGUCGUCUUCGCCUGUGCCCCCUAUGCCGCUGUCGUCUUUGACUCGAUGGCGGAAAGCGUCUGCCACUGUUGCCUGCGGCGCGGCGGCUCGCUUCACCGCUGUGUUUCUUGCCGGUUCGCCCUCUACUGCGACCGCUCAUGCCAGCGCCGAGCCUGGGCAGAGGGUCACGGGCCGGAGUGCCGGGCCCUCAAGCAAAGCGCAGACGCCGGUGGCCGGCCCGGGGAGAACGUCCGACUGGCCGCUCGAAUCCUGUGGCGCUGGUACAAGGAGGGGGGUGUGAGGGCCGCCCAGGACCUCAUCUCCAUCCCCGAGUUGCAGGACCACGUGGAGGCUCUGGGAGCGGAGGAGCGAUCCGAACUGCAGAGCGACGUCAACGCCCUGGGCCACUACUGGAAGGCCGCCGCUGCUGCUACUGCCGGUGCCGGUGCUGGUGCCGGUGCUGGUGCCGGCGACGGCGACGUCCAACUCUUCACCCACGUGCUGGCGUUGAUCGGCUGCAACUGCUUCACGCUGAGCGAUGAUGGGGGAAUGGCGCCCGUCGGCGUGGGCCUCUUCACCAACCUCUGCCUCCUCAACCACGACUGCUGGCCCAACUGCACGGCCGUGUUCAACGCGGGCAGCCAUGUGGCGGCCAUGGGGAGCACCACUCCAGCACUGAGGAUGGAGAUCCGUGCUCUCCAGAAGGUUCCGUCGGGCUGCGAGCUCACGGUGGGCUACGUGGACUUCCUGAGUCCCAGCGUGGUGCGGCGCCAGCAGCUGCAGGAGCAGUACCACUUCGUGUGCACGUGUCGGCACUGCCAGGAAGGGCUCAAGGACGAGCUCAUGGCGGGACUCAGGGCGAACGGGGACGAGGCGCCAUCGGCAGAGGAGGUUCGCCAGGUGGAACAGCUAACGAAGGAGACUCACGAUAGGGUGGAGGAGCUCAAGAAGAGGAACCUCUGGGUGGACGUGCUGAAGCUGUGUCGGCAGUGCCUGUCCAAGCAGGAGGCGGUGUUUGGUGAGUGUCACGUGAGCUUGGUGAGGAUGGUGAGGCUAAUGGCGGACGUGCUGGCCUACCUGCAGUCCUUCAACGAGGCCGCCACCUUCGCACAGCGCACUGUCGACGCGAUCGAGAAGAUCUACCACCCCAACAACGCCCAGCUGGGGAUGAUGGUGAUGCGUGCCGGGGUGACUCACUGGCACGCAGGCCUCAUCGACAAGGCCCACGCACACGUGUGUCGCGCCCUGGGCAUCCUCAUGGUCACUCACGGACCCCUGCACCCUAUCACCAGAGACCUGGAGGGCCUGCGCGUCCAGACCGAGAUGGAGCUGCGUCUCUUCCGCGAGAACGAGUUCGCCUACGAGAGGCUCCGUGAGGCUGCCCUGCAGGGCUCCUCCAUGCGCCUCAUGGCCGAGCCUCAAACGGGAGACUUACGGCACAAGUGAUGAUGGCUGUGAUGGCUGUGAUGGCUCGCCCGCCCGCCCGCUCGUCCGCUCGCCCGCUCGCUCGCCCAU